UGAUAAUCAUAUAAAAGAAAAUAUAAUAUAAAAAGAAAAAGGGGAUAUAAUUUUGAAUUCUCAUACGCGCGUAUGCUUAUUAACUUUCCAUUAAAUAGAUUUCCCUGGAGUCGGCGAAUCAAGUAUAAGAACAAGGGCGAUGCAAGCCCAGUGGCUGUCAGUUGCGACUCACAAGUCGAGAAAUGCGGCUAACUGUGCGUCUUCUGCCCAAUGUGCUGUUAUUGCUGCUGCUGCUGCCGCAAUGUCACGCGACGCUGACGAUGAGGGAAACCUCACGGCUGGACUCACUGUCUCUUGCAUUGGCCCAGGUGCUGCAACAGUCGGAGAUGUCACAUAGCCAGACCCUUUACGUUCAUCUGGAGUACAGCUCGCUGACGGCUCGGUCGCGGCUGCAGGAGCUGCUUGGUGGGGUGCUAAUGGCUUUGCCAGCCGCAGCGCUGCAACCGCGCCGACUGUUCCAGCAGCAAGCCUUGACCUACAGACCGUAUAAGCAUGCUGUACUGUUGCUGGUAGAGGAUCUACGUGCACUGCAACGGCUCUACAAGCAUCUGGGCGCUACAAGCGAUUUGUCCUAUACGCUCAUCUAUAUGCUGAGUCCGCAGCCGGAGCCGGCCAUGCAGCUGAUGUGGAGUCGGAGCGUGCUGAAAGCUGGCUUGCUGCUGCCCGACGGCCAGUGGCUGCUGCUGCUCAGCUAUUUUCCGUACAGUGCUACGCACGGCUGUCAGCAUAUCCGUGCCAGUGUUGUAAAUCGAUUUGACUGCACCCUUGGCACCUGGGAGAACGACGAAUAUUUCCCAGAAAAGCUGGACAACUUCUACGGCUGCACCUUGACCUGUGCCACGUGGCCGGAUAUGCCGUAUUUGGUGCUACGCGCUGAUGGCACCUUUCUGGGCAUCGAGGGCGAACUGCUGCAGUUCAUGGCCAAUAAUUUGAAUUUUAGCAUGGGCCUCUACUGGCUGAACGAGUCAGAGGUGCGCGAUACAUUCGAUGAGUCCGGUUAUGUGUUCGAGCAGAUAUUUAGUAAAGCGGAAUAUGCAUUGGGCGGCUUCCACUAUAAGCCCCAUGAGCAGGAGGAGGUGCCCUAUUCGCAGUCGACAUACUACUUCAUGAGUCACAUUAUGCUGGUCACCAAUCUGCCGAGCGCAUACUCGGCUUACGAGAAACUGGCCUUCCCCUUUCAUCCCAGUCUGUGGCGGGCCAUUGGGCUGGUGGUAGGGCUGGGCUACUUUGCAGUUUGGCUGUUAAAGCGAUUUGGGAAUACGUUGCCGCAGCAUCCGUAUUAUCACCUGCUGGUGCUGACCAUGGGCGGAAAUCUGUUAACCAGGGAACUGCCGAGGUCUAACUCGCUGCGUUUGCUGCUGGUCACGUGGCUGCUGUGCACCUGGGUAAUACGCAGCGCUUAUCAGUCGGGCAUGUAUCAAAUGUUACGCCAGGACAGGCAACGCAAUCCACCGCAAACCAUAGCCGAGGUGGUGGCACAGAGAUAUACGAUUCAGCUGGCUGCCGGCAAUGCGCAACGCUGGCUGGAAAGCUUGCCGGAGCUGCAGGACCAGGAGCAGCGUGAGCUGGAGGCCAGUGAGUUGCAGUCCUUUGCCGCUUUGGCAGCGCGCAGCGGCAGCGAUGAACGUGUGGCGAUCAUAACGCCAUACGAAUACUUCGGCUACUUUCGCAAGGUGCACGCGAUGAGUCGCCGGCUGCACUUGGUCAGGGAGCGCAUCUUCACGCAGCAGCUGGCGUUCAAUGUGCGCCAGCAUUCGCAUCUGGUUGGCGUGCUCAACAAGCAGAUUAUGCAGGCGCAUUCGCAUGGCUUCCUCGAGCACUGGACGCGGCAAUAUGUGAGCGCUGUGGAUGAAUCAGAGCAGAGCAUCGCACGGAUCGCUGCCAUACCCUAUGAGACGCUGAAUGGACAUCAGCCGGAGGGUGAAAUCGAGCAGCGAGAGGAUGAGACAACGCAGACCAAACUAUUGGUAUUAUCCUUCAAGGAGCUAGCCGCCCUGUUCUGGCUAACGCUGUGGGCCCUCCUCGGCUCUGGUCUCGUCUUUGGCCUCGAACUGUUGCUGCAUAAAUAAUGCUCGAAAUUUAUUUUGUGCUAAGACGUUUUAAUUAAAUUACUUCAUAAUCCAGCAGCAUGUAUCCAACAGGCGCACGCCGAACUGCACGACUGUAAGAUACCCCGUCUGCCACUGGACACUAUCCCA